GUUAGUAGCGCCAGCUGUCAGGGGAAGUUAGCAAGACUGCUAUCAUUCCUAGCGCGUUAUUUUAAAAUUUGUAAUGAUUUUUCAUAUGUUCCAAACUAUAUGGUAAUCAUCGCUAGCGCUGGUUUUAAGCUUAAUUCAAAUGAAUUCAUGUGCAAAAGAAUCCGUCUUUCCCGCUGUGUUUUUUUUAGUUGUGCACAGAAAUAAGGAUUGCUGUAGCUGGCUAGCUUGUUGUUAGCUGCGGACAAAUCUGGUGCAGGCAGGUUUUGCAAUGCAGACACAGCUUCUCUAGCUUGGAAGUCAUUGUUCGGGAGCGGAAAGUUGUACUUUACAGAAGGACUCUAAAUAACUUGCUGCUUUUUUUACGGAACGAACGUAUUUAUUGCAAAAUGCAAUGCUUUGAAUUAUGCUUUUGUAGCAUUAACCGUUUAUACCAGUAGCGUUGAAUGAGAAGCAUGGUAUUUAGAGUUUAGGGUCAAUGCUUUUUAUCCCAAAUCUGCGCAUCUGCUGUUAAACGCGUAUUUACCAAGCACAUGGUAUAUUAACUAUUUAUUGACCAAGAAGCGAACGCGUGUUUUAAUCCACCAACAUGGAUAAGAAAUCCUUUGACAUAGUCUUGGAUGAAAUAAGAAAGUGCGUGCUGACCGAUCAACGGAUCAAAGCCAUAGAGCAGGUGCACGGGUAUUUCUCCAGUGAGCAGGUGAUGGAUAUACUGAAAUAUUUCUCAUGGGCUGAGCCGCAGAUCAAAGCCGUUAAAGCUCUGCAGCAUAAAAUGGUUGCAAUCCCUACAACCAAAGUUGCAAAUAUCCUGAAUUGCUUCACUUUCUCAAAGGACAGACUGAUUGUCCUGGAACUAAUUGCUUUGAACAUUUCAGAUGCCCAAAAUUUUCGCCCUGUGGAAGAUCUGUUUCGCAUACACUUGUCAGAGAAAAAACGAGCUCGCAGGAUACUGGAGCAAGUAUGUAAGGUUGGCUGCAAGGCUCCUGUAGCCAUGAUCUCCUCCUGUGGUAUGAUACCAGGAAAUCCGUACCCUAAAGGUAGACCCAGCCUCGUCAGUGGCACAUUCCCUGGAAUUCCUCCAAUAAAGAAAGAAGCAGAAAAGAAAGAGGACACUUCUAACAAUUUUGAGGGCAAAGGAAUUUCAGCUCGCAUCAUUGGACCUUUCAAACCAUUUCCGUCAACCUACAACCCUCAUCGGCCUGUGCCCUACCCUAUACCGCCGUGUCGACCCCACGCCACCAUCGCACCAAGUGCGUACAACAACGCAGGCCUUGUUUCUGUGGGAGGGGUUAUAACAACCAGCGUGCCCCCUCCCCCCUACAGCUCCACCCACAAAGUAGCAGGUUACGCCAAACCAGGCAAUCCACAGAACACCACACCUGGAGUCAACAGCGGACCCCUCCUCAUUCCUCGCGGGUCCACGCCUUCUACCCCGGUCCCACCGCAAGCUUCUCCUGCUCAGCCACCUCCCACGACCCCCAUCACGCCGGUUUUCCCCGGCAUGGUUCCCUCUCACAACCCCAACGCCCCGUCUCACUCCCCGGCCCCGUCCCCAUCGGUGAUCAAAGCAGGCCCGCAGACGCCCAGCGGCCACGUUACACCGACACCCUCGUCGGUCAUCAAAGCCCACACACCUUCAGGCACCCCUUGUGGAACUCCUGUCCCCGGCAGCGGCGGCUUCUCCCCUUCCCCGUUCCAUGCCGUUUCCCGACCAGGCACCCCGGCUUCCUCCCGCGGCGCCCAGGACCCUCAGGCGAAUCAGCAGAGGGUCUUUUCCCAGUCCACGGACCACCAGUCGGGACCCAUCCACCACGGCAUGCACCCUCAAGCGGGUAACGCCUCCGGGUCAGUGAUCCGCAGCUACACCCCCUCUGGACAGUCCGCUCCAGUCAUGCCGAGCUGUUCCACCCCGGGUCCCAGUCCCAAACCCUCCCCGGCGCGUUCGGGACAGAUUCACGCAGCCAUGGCCGCGGCCGGAGUCCUGAACAGACACGGCGGCGGCAGUAACAGCGGCAGCAACAGCCCGGUGCCCUCUGCUUUCAAGGGCACGUCACGCUCCGGCACGCCCUCCGUCGGCUCCUACGUGGUGCAAGGUUCGGCCCAGGCCGCGCUGGCCCGCUCCCUGGGUCUGUCGCACCCCGCGGCCUCGGCUCAAGUCUCACUCUCCAGUCCCGUCGCCCUGAGCGGCUUCCAAGCUCUGUCGUCCAGCCCCUCGCCCUCCCAUUAUCCCGGCCUGUCCCCCUUCUCCUCCCUGCCGCCGUCCUCCAUGCAGUCGUCCAUGUCCGCGAUGCCGCCCACCACCAACAUGUCUAACCACCCACCAACCUCCAUCUACUCGGGCCUGGGCCCCAACUCCGCCUCCGGUGCGGCGUCCCCUUUCGGCCUGGGGCUCACCUCGGCCCCCUCGUUGUUCCCGGGCCUUCCGCCCGGUGCCAGCCCCACUGGUUUCCCAGGGUUGGGGGUGUCCGGAGGGCACGGUGCCGGCAGCCCCGUGUUGUCUUCUUUCAUGGGCCUGCAGGGCGCCUCUUCGGCCUCAGUGGCGUCGGUGUCCCCGCUGCAGGCGGCGGCGGUGGCGGCUGCAGCGGCUGCAUCGCCGGUUCUGCCGGGCUUUGCGUCUGCUUUCAGCUCCAACUUCCAGCCGGGGUUGGGCAGUGGACUCCAGCCUCCGGGAAGCAGCGGGUUCCCCGGCUUGCUUUCCUUCCCCGGGGUGCCGGGCUUCUCUCCCUCUGCCUCUCCUGCUGCCCUCGGUGGCCUCCACAACCAAGCCAUGCAGUCUGCCCUACUGCAGGCUCAUCCCCAGUCUGCGCUGGAGAGCUUCCCCCCGCAGCCCAACAGCUUUACCAACUACCCACCCGGCCCAGGAAACCCCUUUCCCCUCCAGCCGGGCCUGCACCCCCAGCUGGGUUGGCAGUGAAUCCCACGAUCCACUUUGAAACAUUGAGUACACUUACAUGUCCAUCCCUAGCGUGCGCCCUGCCCCGCCCCCUCAGCAGUCGACACAUUUUAUUUUUUGGUCUUGAAUCGCGAGGAACACGGGACCGAUCGAAGAGUCUCGGUGAUGUUACAGCCAGACUCUCUACUACAAGAAACAUUAUUGUGAAAACUGUUGAAAUAAUUUCCUAUAUUAUUCAUAGUGAACCGUUGUAAAUAUCCGUUGUGAGGUUUUACAUGUAGACCACGACCGUUUGAAACGCUAGCUGGACUCGGCUGCUUUUAAUCAAGUUCAUCAACACUCAUUAGUGAACAAUGAAAUUGAAAAAUGUACAUGAUAUCAUGUAAUGAAUUGUCAGUAUCGUAUUGUAGUAUUUUUGUGUAGUCACAGUAGGAAGGACAUCACAUGAAUUUUUUUGGUGACUUAUGUUAUAUUGUGUUGUGUGCUACAGGUUUUCUUAAAGGUGGCAACAUCAACAAUAUUUUUGAAUCCUCAUUCUGGUGUCUGGGGGGGAGGAUAAUAUGUUGAUUGAUGUAUUGACUUGGAAUAAAGAAUGGCUGUAUUGUUAGUAAUGCUCUCUGCGACGUAUGGAAAACUAAUUUUACCUCAUUUACUGUAACCCUGCAAACACUCAGACAGUUGAGAGAAAUGGACAAGCUGUUUGAUGCCCUGUAGUUUCCUUUUUUCUGUUUAAACCUGUUUUAUUAUUUAGUCAGUAAACUGCUAUUGUAUUUUUUUUAAAGGAAAUAUGUAAGUCAUAGUUUUGAAUUAAAAAAAGAAACAUG